UGCUGAGGGGGUCCCUAGGCUGGAAGUGGGAAGGCGCUGAGGCAGGCGCGCGGCGGACAGGCCUGGAGGGGGCGGGUUCGCGCGCGCCUCGGAGCCUUCCGCCCUGCCAGAGGAGAGGUCACGGCGUGGAGCCGCCGCUGCCACCGCUACCACAGUGAAGUGUGAGCCCUGGGCUGCGGUCAUGUCCUACUGCCGGCAAGAAGGUAGGGAAGGGAAGGAUCGAAUCAUAUUUGUGACCAAAGAAGACCAUGAAACUCCAAGCAGUGCCGAGCUGGUGGCUGAUGAUCCCAAUGAUCCUUACGAGGAGCAUGGAUUGAUCCUGCCCAAUGGAGACAUUAAUUGGAACUGCCCCUGCCUUGGGGGCAUGGCCAGUGGCCCCUGUGGGGAACAAUUCAAGUCGGCCUUUUCCUGCUUCCACUACAGCACGGAGGACGUCAAGGGGUCAGACUGUGUGAACCAGUUCCGGGCCAUGCAGGAAUGCAUGCAGAAGUACCCUGACCUCUAUCCCCAAGACGAGGAGGAGGAAGAAGAGAAGAAGAAGCCAGGAGAACAUUCGGAAGAGACCGCGCCUACCGAGGUCACCGCAACCAAAGAAAAGGAAGGCUCGAGCUAAUGAAGGCUGAGCUGCUGCACCGGGCUCCGAGCCUUCCCCCUCAGAGUGAUAUGGACCUUCAGCAAAAUGCCUUUCGGUCACUCUCCAAGAAAGCAUCUUUUUCUCUAUUGUUCUGUGCACUGUAAUACAAAAGUAACUUAUUUUGAUGAUCAGGGGUCUUGGCCCUUUGACAUAUACACUGAAAAAAUAGGGUUUAUAUGUAUGUGUGUCUUACAUGAUUUUAUCGGUGAAUGUAGCUGCCUCUUUUGAAAUCUCUUCUUCAAAUAACCUCAGAUUUUGCCACUUUGGAAUAAUGUGCUGAAUAUUCUCAGCAACCAAAAAUCAUUACCUAGGAGUGUCUUUUAUGAGUGAGCUGAUUUAUUCUGAUUCAUUUCCUUCCUUUUAGUAGAUUUUAUACCUGUUUGGAAAUGAAAUAGAAAUAGAAACAUCUUCCUGUAAAAAUGCUGGAAGGGGGCCAUUCCUAACACAAGAAGCCAGGUAAUCAGAUACUUAUUUCUCAGAAACCACCUUCACCUUGAGUAUACGAGGAGGGUACUAUGCUUCGUUGCUGAUACAUUUCGGUUUCCAUUUUUACAUUGAGCUCCAGGUUUUUCUGUUUAGAAAGUGGAGCUUUGGACCCUCCGAUUCAUAGUCCCUUUCCCAAAGGAAAAGCUGGGUUUUGCUGUUCUUCUUCCAAAGGCCCUGGUUUGGGGCUUGGUGUUCACACUGGCUCUGUCUCAGCCUGUCCAGAUGCAGAGUUCUUGAGAGGUGGGACCUACUUCUUACCAAAGUAGCAGCCGAGAAGGAAAUGUGAAUUAAGUAGUCAAUUAAAAGAAAAACAUGGUUUUUA